UGGGCAGGCAACCUACCGGUAGGUACGUCUAUGCAGACCAUGACGUCUCCAACUCAUCGCUUGUACCUUCGUACCCUUUAUCCCUUCCACAAGUGACAGCAAAAUCUGUAGCCUCAGAAUUCAGGCAACCAAUGAUUGAGAUCCUCAAAAAGGUACCUCGCUACUACUAACAACCACGCAUCCUCCAGUGGUAGCCCGAGGUGGUCAGGAUCCCAAAGGACGGACGACUCCAUCUCCGGUCUCCCCCCAUCGUCGCAAAACCCACGCCCUCCGGUCAGAACCACAAGGGCUACUGCAUAUUCCACACAAUGGCAGGCGAUGGAGAAUUCGAGCGAGUCCCUCGCCCCGAUAACUACCCUCACGGGCCCGAGUUCCAGCCGCGCACGCUGCACCAGAGGUUGCAAGGGAAAUGGUGGUACCGCGUGCCUCCCAACCACAGCAAACCCAUCUACCAGUUCCUGAGCAUUGGCCUUGGUGCAUCGAUGUGGUUCUGGAUCAUGUACCGGGCAAAGAAGGACGGGGCCGUUCUCCUCGGCUUGAAGCACCCUUGGGAUCACUGAAGGAAUGGUAUCGACGCGAAUCUUCAACGACGUGGAAGUGGCCAUAAGGACUGCGUUAAGACUUCUACGAAGCGACAUGGUGGCUGGAACAGAACAUCAUUGACUGGCAUGGGAACUGGACCAACAGAACAGGUAUCGGCCCGUAUAACAGAAGGGCGUCAUCAUCAGUCAUCAUUCAUCAGGUCUGAAGACAGGCCGCAAAUCGCGUCAGAACAACAGUCAGGCGCAUCUUGAAUGAAAUAACUAUAUAAAGGGGAAAGAUAUGAAGUGUGAUCUCUAUGUACGCCAUGCUAACUAACCUUCGCCAAUCAUUCAUGGGAACUUCUGACCAUGUUGACCUUUAC